GUGGGACCUAGGCCCGGACGACGGCCGUGGAUGGCAAGGGAUAUCUCCCACCGGGCGCAGUGGGAUAACCUGGAGGAGGCGACGAGCAAGAGGGAGGAGGAUGGAGGCAGAGGAAGGAGGAGGAGGGAGGAGGAUGACGAGGAUGGAAGAUGGAGGCAUAGGAUGAGGGAGGGGCGAGGAGGAGGAGGACCAUGGAUGGAGGGGGGAGGAUCCAGGGUGGAGGAGGAGGAAGGAUGGAGGCAGGGCAAUGAGGGAGGAGGACAGAGGACACACACACACACAACGGAGCACGAGGAGGAGGAGGAGGCAACAAUGGACUAUGAGGAAGAGGAGGAUGCUACACUGGAGCAUGAGGAGGAGGACGACGAGGAGGAGGAGAAGGACGCAACGAUGGAGCACGAGAACAAGAAGGAUGAUGGUGCCAUUUAUCAGGAGAAAUAUACAGGUGCAACAGAGGAAAUAAAAAAUACGAUUUUGGAGCAGCAUAAGAAAAAGAUGGAGGAGAAAGGGUUAUGGAGUGCUGCAGUCAGAACGGCUAUGGAGGAAAAAGAUGGGAUAGCAAGGACACUUGUCGAGAACUUUGAAAAGAUAAAAAAAAGGGUAUGUCGUACUUUGUCCCAUGUAUCAAAUUACAGUUUUACAAACCAUUGUCAUAUCUAACUGAAUCAUAAAAUGAUAUUAAAAUCAGUAGAUUAAAAAAAGUUAUAAACUAAACAAAAUCAUUGAAAAAGG